AUGCUGUAUCCUAUCAGUUAUUCUAUUUAUUGGUUAACAGGAAUACCUGAAUCCACGGCACGUUUACUUUUGACUGUUAUUCUAGGUUAUGUAGCAGCUUUUUACUAUGAUAAACUCUAUAUACAUCAUCCUAAUGACAAGAUCAAUCAAAGCAAGUAUCAACCUACAGCAAGUGAUAGAAAUACCUUUAUUUUGAUUACUGGUCUUUUACUCUCGGUCUCUUUCAGUGGAUGGACAGUUAUUCAUUCUCUUGUGACAACCGCACUCAGUUAUGGGAUCUGUUUAUUUGUGGGUGAAAGCUUACAGAACCGGGUAGCUGCUUGUGCACUCGUAUGGGUCACCAAUGCAAUUUAUCUUUUGGGUGGUUAUUACUACAUGGCAACAGACGAAUACGAUAUUUCUUGGACGAUGCCUCAAUGUAUUCUUUGCUUGCGACUUAUGGGAUUCGGAUUUGACUAUAUGGAUGGAGGUAACAAGGUCAACAGCAAGCCAGGAACUACCGUAUCGAACAACAGCCUCCCCAUGUCCUUUGAUAUCGAUACUCCUCUUUACACUUUACCUCCAUUCGAACAAGUCAUGGCUUAUUGUUAUUUCCCUGCUGCCUUUCUUGUUGGACCUCAGUUCUCCUUUUCUUUAUACCGUCGUUGGGUGGAUAAUCCAAACUUUUUGGGUAAGACUGUGACUGACUGGGAUGAAACUUAUAAAGCUCAACGUCGUUAUAUGGUGCGCUGUCUUCUUUUGGCUAUCUUUUAUCUCGGAAUGCAACAAUUAGUUGGCGCCAGUUAUCCUUCCUCUUACUUGUUGACAAGUGAAUAUCAACAGUUACCCUUUUUGCGACGAUGCUGGACAUUCUUGGUCACUGGCAAAUUUAUCUACAACAAGUAUCUUGGUAUUUGGUUAUUAACAGAAGGUGCAUGUGCUUUAUUUGGUAUUACUUAUGAUGGAGAGGAUGAAGAAGGCAAUGCUAAAUUUGGUGGAUUGGCUAAUACUUUACCUUUGCAAUACGAAACAGCAACAACUAUUGAUGACGUGAUUGGAUCAUUCAAUAUUAAUACCAAUUUAUGGACCAAGUAUUAUGUGUUUAAACGACUCAAAUGGUUUGGAAACAAAUCUCUCUCUCAAGGUGCUUCACUCUUCUUUUUAGCUGUCUGGCAUGGAUUCCAUUUCAAUUACUUUACGACAUUUUCACUUGAAUUCCUCUAUACCCAAUGUGAAAGUGUUCUUCGACGACAUUUGAUGCCAGUGGUAACUCCUUUGAUCAGCAAGAAUUCGAUAUAUCGGUGUAUUUGGAAAGGAUUGGCCUGGAUGACUUGUUCGAUGACUUUGAAUUAUGCGGUAGUUGGAUUUGAUCUUCUACAAACAAGCAAAGCAUGGACUGCAUAUCGAAGUGUGUAUUUUAUUGGUCAUCUUUUGAUUCCAUUGAUUUUGGUUAGUGAUAAAAUGUUACCCAAAAAACAUAUGGUUAGAACAAACAAGAACAAAAAAGUAGAAUAGUUUUUUUUUUUUUUUUUUAUAUCUCAUAGAUGUAUGGCCAUUGGAUUCGGUUCACCUCUUUUUACCAAUUGUGAACCCAGUCGUCGUUAUUUCAAAAUAAAGUUUUCUUUUUUUCUUUUUCUUAUGAUCAUCCA